AUGGUGAUGAAUAAUGAUGAGAUACGCACGAUUGUUGGAAUCAUUGGGAAUGUCAUCUCUUUCGGCCUGUUUAUCUCUCCCUCGCCUACGAUAUGGAGGAUCUUCAAGAACAAAUCAGUAGAGGAAUUCUCACCAGAUCCUUACAUCGCCUGUGUCAUGAACUGUUUGCUAUGGAUCUUCUAUGGCUUACCUAUCAAUCAUCCAGAUAGCACUCUUGUCAUCACCAUUAACGCCAUAGGGCUUGCAUUGGAGCUCAUCUAUCUCAGUUCAUUCCUCUUAUAUGGCAAUAAUAGUCAUAGAAAAAAGAUAUUCGGGUUUUUAGCAGCCGAGCUUGUUGGCCUUGGUGUUAUUGCAGGUUUGGAUUUAGGAUUGUUCCAUACCCAUGAUGCUAGAUCAACUUUCAUUGGGAUCUUCUGUAUUGUAUUCGGAAUCGGGAUGUACACUUCCCCUCUAACUAUCAUGUGGAAAGUAAUAAAAACAAAGAGCGUCGAAUACAUGCCAUUCUAUCUUUCAUUAGCUGCGUUCUUAAAUGGUUGUUGCUGGACCACUUAUGCUCUUCUUAAAUGGGAUUGGUUCAUUCUGAUUGCGAAUGGUAUUGGGGCUCUUUCUGGGUUUGUGCAGCUUGUUUUAUAUGCAAUUUUCUGGCGAACAACUCCAAGGAAGAGCAAAACGCCGGCAACUGAAGUACAGAUGGCUUGA